UCUGAAAUCAUUUUCAUUUUUCAAUGGCAACAUCAGAAGAGUUAUCAGCUGAUCAUCAGAGAAAUGAUGAAAUCAGUCUCCCACCAUUAUCACCGAGAGCAUCAGCACCUUGGCUUGUCUACCAACAUGGAAAAAAUCGUAAGUUCCAAACUUUCUAUAACAUUUCUGAUAAUCCUUUUAACAAAUCUUACAACAAAUUUAUACCAGAAUUGAGUGGAAAAAAAUUCUGGCAAAAAAAUUCUCAUCAAGGAUGGUUAAUUGGUUUUAGUAUUUAUAGCAGAGACCCAAAAUUCAAGUAUAGAAAAUUGUUUCUAUGGAAUCCUGCUUCACUGGAGACCAUACGCUUACCUAUGGAACCAUCAGAUCUAGUUCGGCAUGGUCGUGGUUAUGGUAUCAAAGAUUGUGUUUUGUCUUCACCUCCUCAGAUCAGUAAAACUAGUACUGGUAGUAGUAGCAGUGGUAAAAAUGUUGAUUUUGAUUCAAUGGUUUAUAUCCUUUAUGUUAAUGGAGAAAAUCUAGAUGUUCUUGUUUAUUGUCACCCUGGUGAAAAAAAAUGGAGAAAACAUCAAUUUCUUGGUGGGCAUCGUCGAGAUCAUCUUACAUCAAUGUUCUUUUUUAAGGGCAAGUUAUUUAUAAUGUGUUCGAAUUAUGGUUACAUCGAGGUAGCAAUACAACAUGGUUCUGACAUUGAGGAUGCCGAAACUCUCAGUGUCAGUGAUGCAACUGGUUUCAAUUACAAUUUCCUACGUGAAUUGGUAGUACCAGGUUUGGAGCGGCAUCGUCAAUUGUAUUAUAUUGAAUCUUUUGGUGAAGUUUUUCAAAUUUGUAGAUUUUACUUUCCAAGAGGUACUUAUGAAAACUGUGUAACCAGCAUACUAGUAGCGAAAUUGGAUUUCUCUUCAAUGACUUGGGAGGAAGUUAAAAGCAUGGAUGACUAUGUAUUCUUUUUGAGUGAGAAUACACAACUGUCUUGCUUGGCCUCAGAAUUGGGUUUGUCAAAGGGUUAUGUGUAUUAUACAGCACAUGACGAAGAAAUCAGCUUGUACAAAUAUGACUUGGAAGAUAAUAGUAUUUUACUUCCUUUACCAUGUGCCAAUCUAUCAGCACCAUGCUACGCGCCUGAGUGGUUGAUGAUUUCUGCAACUCCAAGGUUCAAUCACAGUGUAAGGACAACAGACCAUGUGUUGGGGAAGGACGAACACAUACAUAAAGUUAUUAGGGUAACUGAAAACAGAACAGUUGAUAAGGAUGGUGAGAACAAGAAACAGGAUGUUAAAGAAGCAAGACCAUGGAUCAUGCUUAGCGAUGACCAUAUGGUGUGGUUGAUAUCUAAUUAUCUGCAUCCGUUGGAUUACGUUCAUUUACGUGGAGUCAGUAAAAAAUAUCGGACGAUGUUAGAUUUGAGAAGAUCCUCAUCUACUAGGACAGUGCAAACCACAGAUUUAUCCCCAUGGCUGGUUUUUCCUAAGCAUCAAGCCGUCUACAAUUACAUAAAUCCAAUGCAUAAUAAAGAGAACUACCUCAUGAACAUUCCCAAUCUGUUAAAAGGUUUCAGAAUUCGCUUUUCAAAAGGUGGGUGGUUGCUGUUGUCAAAAGGAAAAACUUUGUUCUUCUACAAUCCCUUCACGAGAUCUACCGUCAAACUUCCAGUCUUGCCAGAUUCGUACCAUCAUUAUGCUUUCACAGGUAUCUCAUUCUCGUCCUUGCCUACUUCUUCAGAUUGCGUAGUCUUUGGCAUUGGUAAAGAAUUUGAUUGUGAUUGGAUUGAAAUCCUUUCUAUCCAACGGGGAGAUCAAUCUUGGACACAUAAUGUCUAUAAUAACGUUUAUUUACAUCCCGGAAGGGAACCUGUGUAUUUCCAGCUAACUUUUAACAAUCCAGUUUUCUUCUGUGGAGUUUUCUAUUCCUUAGACAUCAACGGAAUUUUGGGGGUAUUUAAAUUUGGGUCUGGCAUAAGUUGGGAAGUCCUAGCCAUGGUAGCCCCGCCAAAUUGCGAGUUUAUAUACAAGAGUUUCUUGGUGGAGUGUGACGGAAAACUUAUGUCUGUAUUGUUAGGCCAUUUAGGAAAAUGGGUUCGUAUUUUCAGAUUGAAUGAAACUGACAUGAUCUGGGUUGAAGUCAAGCAUCUGGGACAGCAUAUGUUGUGUAUUAGCAAUACAUCUUGUGUCUCAGCAAUGGCUCCGACUAGUCGCAUGGAGAACAAAAUCUACUUUCCGAGGUUGCAUAAUGAAGGGAUUUUGUAUUACUCUCUUGAUACAGGUAUGUAUCAUUCUUUCAGAAAUGAACAUUCUGCUAAUGAUUAUGGUGAUUCUAAGGAGCACUUGCACUGCAGCUGGAUUGAGCCUAAUUGGUCAGAUAUCUCAGAUUAUUAUCUUGACUGGCUUAACAUCUAGAUACAUUAUUGCUCAUCAGAAAAACAUCUAAAUAUAUUAUCAUCCCCACCUUUGCAGUAGUUUCUUUAUUUAUAUAUGUAUUGUGUGAGUGCCUCAGGGCUUUCAUGCUACUGGUCUGUCGCACUUUGGUGAUACGAUGAGAAGUAUCAAUUUUAAAGUUAUCUGACAACAAUUCCUUCUUGAUAAGUGUGAUAGAAUUCAACUACUUUGGGAAAUAUUUGCACCGCGUUCUUGUUACUUCUCUAACUACGGUACUAAUGGAAAUUGAACAUGAAGGCCUGGGAGGAUGAUUUGAAAUACGCAGUGCUCGCUUCCCCACAUCUAAAGCAGCUGUCGCUCCACAAAUUUCCUGUGAGUUCUUCAAAAACCAGACUUUGCCCACCACCCAGUUGUUCUUGACUUUCAGUUUAUUUAGCACAAUUUGUAAAGCCGACGUCACGGCCUCAUCCCUUGUCUUGAGUGGUAUAACAUAUUCAGUUACGGCCUCAUCCCUUGUCUUGAGUGGUAUAACAUAUUCAGUAUCAGUUGCUAUGGUUCAGUUAUAUAAUUUUCGCGA